GGGUCGAAAUCAUAGCGAAAUUACUUAGCAAUAUGAUGCUGUUCGUGGGCUUCGUGGUUGUCAUGCUGAACUACAUGUAUAGAGUCAAGAUAUGAAGUGCGUGCUGUCGUUGUUGCUGUCGGUUUUGUACGCUGUAUGCUGCCAGGUCCGGGUAACAUCGGGGACAGAUGUGUUCCUCGUCAAGGUGCUGUCAUCGCAAAGAGUCUGUGACCAUUACUGUGCCUAUACAUCACGGUGUCAAGCUUAUCACUGGGAUGCUACUACCAGGAUCUGUCAACUUCAUUCAACGCAGCCUACAACGAGUAACACCGGUUUCACUAAUUAUAAGCCUCACAAUGGCCAAUGUGGACGGCGCCAGUGCGCCCAGACGGAGACGUGUGUCCCUGUUCAAGCAGCAACUGCCUACAUCUGUCUGGCGACAACGUCAACGACCUCAACUUCUGCCACAACUGCUUCUCCAUCCAGUACAUCUUCUGUUCCUCCUGUGGCAACAACCACGAACACAUCUCCAAGUGAAACUGUUACUUCCUUUGUGGCGUCUACACCACCCACCACUAGCACAUCAAGUCCAACGACUACGCUGACAACAACGACUUCAUCUUCUGCCACAACUGCUUCUCCAUCCAGUACAUCUUCUGUUCCUCCUGUGGCAACAACCACGAACACAUCUCCAAGUGAAACUGGUACUUCCUUUGUGUCGUCUACAACACCCACCACUAGCACAUCGAGUCCCACGACUACGCUGACAACAACGACUUCAUCUCCUACCACAACAGCUUCUCCAUCCACACUUACUACAACCUCUGUGCCUGCUGUGACAACAACCACUUACACAUCUCAAAAUGCAACUAUUACCUCCGUUGUGUCUUCUACAACCACCACCACCGGAACCACCACAACAAGCCCCACAACUACACUGACAACAACGACUUCCUCCCCAACUACAUCGAGUAUCAUCACAACUCCUACAACUAUACCGACAACAUCUACCCCAGCUACUACAAGUACCACCCCUGCACCGACAACAACCUCCACAACUACCACGGCUACGCCAACAACAACAAGUACAACCACAACUACUACCACUGCAACGACUACGACCACAACACCCACAACUACAACGACAUCAGGUCCUGUAUAUAGGGGUUGCUACAUUGAUGACUCCAACAGAGUCCUUCCCUACGAACAUCUCAUUGACACGACCACUAUGACCAUUGAGUUGUGCAGGAUUCACUGCACCGAGAAAGGCUACGCCUUCUUUGGACUGGAGGUGGGAGUAGAAUGUUUAUGCGGUCACAAAAUCAAGAGUGGCUACACGAAGGUGCUUGACAACAAGUGCGACAAGCCCUGCGCAGCGGACCCUGCGAAUACUUGUGGAGGGGAAUGGAAGAUCGCCAUUUACGAAGUUGUGUGAGGAUUUAGCGUCAAUUCUUCAUCAAACCCGUCUGGGUCGGUGUGGUAGCCUAGUGGUUAAAGUGUUCGUUCGUCACGCCGUGUCACGCCAAAGGUCCUAGUUCGAUUCCCGACAUGGGUGCAAUCUGUGAAGCCAAUGAUCGGGGUCUCGCAACGUGAUAUUGCUGUGAUAUUUCUAAAAUCGGCGUAAAACCUCAUUGACUGACUGACUCACUCACUCACCCAAGAUCAACCACGAUUGUGUGGCUGACACAUAUGCCUAGGGAUAGAUGUCUGGAAUGGACAUACCGCCUUAAUGUACUAUGAAUAUAAAGAUCACCACAGAAUAGUUCAUCAGUGUACAUUGACGGUCGUUUUAUGUUAGGAAUUCUUUUGUGAAACUUGUUCAGAUCGUGUCCUCUAAGAUACUGCGUAAAUAGUUUUAUGUGAAGCCACAUUCCUGACAGUGUUGCUUGUGAAGGCAGGAUGUACUCAACCACUGCAGGCGGUGUUAUAUCGCUAACAAUUAUUACUAGUAAGGACCGGGUGUACUCAAAAAGAGCAAAUGUUGCUUGUGGUGAGGGCAGGAUAUACUCAUCGACUGUAGCCUGUGUUUCACCCUAACAUUGUUGCUUGUGAAACACGAUAUAGUCAUCAACUGUACCCUCUGUUACCCUAAGAUUGUGUCUUGUGAAACAAGAUAUACUCAUCGACUGUAGCCUGUGUUUCACCCUAACAUUGUUUUUGUGAAACAAGAUAUACUUAUCUACUGUACCCUGUGUAAAUCCUAACAUUGUUGCUUGUGAGGGCAAGAUAUACUUAUCUACUGUACCCUGUGUCACACCCUAACAUUGUUGCUUGUGAGGGCAAGAUAUACUUAUCUACUGUACCCUGUGUAACACCCUAACAUUGUUGCUUGUGAGGGCAAGACAUACUUAUCUACUGUACCCUGUGUUAAUCCUAACAUUGUUGCUUGUGAGGGCAAGAUAUACUUAUCUGCUGUAGCCUGUGUCACACCCUAACAUUGUUGCUUGUGAGGGCAAAAUAUACUUAUCUACUGUACCUUGUGUCACACCCUAACAUUGUUGCUGGUGAGGGCAAGAUAUACUUAUCUACUGUACCCUGUGUCACACCCUAACAUUGUUGCUGGUGAGGGCAAGAUAUACUUAUCUACUGUACCCUGUGUCACACCCUAACAUUGUUGCUUGUGAGGGCAAGAUAUACUUAUCUACUGUACCCUGUGUUAAUCCUAACAUUGCUGCUUGUGAGGGCAAGAUAUACUUAUCUACUGUACCCUGUGUCACACCCUAACAUUGUUGCUUGUGAGGGCAAGAUAUACUUAUCUACUGUACCCUGUGUUACACCCUAACAUUGUUGUUUGUGACAAGACAAACACAACCACAGUACCCUGUGUUACAUCCUAACAUUGUUGUUUGUGACAAGACAAACAAAACCACAGUACCCUGUGUUUACAUCCUCAGAUUGUUGUUUGUGACAAGAAAAACACAACCACAGUACCCUGUGUUACAUCCUAACAGUGUUGCUGGUGACAAGAGAAACACAACCACAGUACCCUGUGUUACAUCCCAACAUUGUUGUUUGUGACAAGACAAACACAACCACAGUACCCUGUGUUACAUCCCAACAUUGUUGCUGGUGACAAAACAAACACAACCACAGUACCCUGUGUUACAUCCCAACAUUGUUGUUUGUGACAAGACAAACACAACCACAGUACCCUGUGUUACAUCCUAACAUUGUUGUUUGUGACAAGAGAAACACAACCACAGUACCCUGUGUUACAUCCCAACAUUGUUGUUUGUGACAAGACAAACUCCACCACAGUACCCUGUGUUACAUCCCAACAUUGUUGCUGGUGACAAAACAAACACAACCACAGUACCCUGUGUUACAUCCCAACAUUGUUGUUUGUGACAAGACAAACACAACCACAGUACCCUGUGUUACAUCCCAACAUUGUUGCUGGUGACAAGACAAACACAACCACAGUACCCUGUGUUACAUCCCAACAUUGUUGUUUGUGACAAGACAAACUCCACCACAGUACCCUGUGUUACAUCCUAACAUUGUUGUUUGUGACAAGAGAAACACAACCACAGUACCCUGUGUUACAUCCCAACAUUGUUGUUUGUGACAAGACAAACUCCACCACAGUACCCUGUGUUACAUCCCAACAUUGUUGCUGGUGACAAAACAAACACAACCACAGUACCCUGUGUUACAUCCCAACAUUGUUGUUUGUGACAAGACAAACACAACCACAGUACCCUGUGUUACAUCCCAACAUUGUUGCUGGUGACAAAACAAACACAACCACAGUACCCUGUGUUACAUCCCAACAUUGUUGUUUGUGACAAGACAAACACAACCACAGUACCCUGUGUUACAUCCUAACAUUGUUGUUUGUAACAAGACAAACACAACCACAGUACCCUGUGUUACAUCCCAACAUUGUUGCUGGUGACAAAACAAACACAACCACAGUACCCUGUGUUACAAACUAACAUUGUUGCUGGUGACAAAACAAACACAACCACAUUUCCUUGUGUUACAUCCUUACAUUGUGCUUGUGACAAGACAACACAACCACAGUACCUUGUGUUACAUCCAAACAUUGUUGUUUGUGACAAGACAACACAACCACAGUACCCUGUGUUACAUCCCAACAUUGUAGUUUGUGACAAGACAAACACAACCACAGUACCCUGUGUUACAUCCCAACAUUGUUGCUGGUGACAAGAGAAACACAACCACAGUACCCUGUGUUACAUCCCAACAUUGUUGCUGGUGACAAAACAAACACAACCACAGUACCCUGUGUUACUAACUAACAGUGUUGCUGGUGACAAAACAAACACAACCACAGUACCUUGUGUUACAUCCAAACAUUGUGCUGGUGACAAGACAAACACAACCACAGUACCCUGUUUUUACACCUUAAGUACUUGUAAAGGCGUGACGUAAUCCACCACUGUUCUCCGUGUUGUACACGUUGCAUUGUGCUUUGCGCUGUAAUGUUUCAUUCAAGUUUGUUUGACGCAUUAUUGAACACAAUUUUAAUAUCCAUAAUUUUAUUUCUCGUCUUGUUCCUUGACAAACGCAUAUAUCAUUGUCAGGUUACUUAUUGAGAGCAAUGCUUCGGCUUAACAUUUCGCGCCUAUCGAUAAUGAUUUUGCUAUAUAUGUGAAUAUACAUCGGAACACUGCUCACAAUAGAGCGCGCGACAUGCAUACACUUUCUUAUCUUCUACAAAUUGACACGUUUUAGUUGUCCUCUACAAAUUUACACGUUUUAGUUGUCUUCUACAAAUUUACACGUUUAAGUUGUCUUCUACAAAUUGACACGUUUAAGUUGUCUUCUACAAAUUGACACGUUUAAGUUGUCUUCUACAAAUUGACACGUUUUAGUUGUCUUCUACAAAUUUACACGUUUUAGUUGUCCUCUACAAAUUUACACGUUUUAGCUGUCUUCUACAAAUUGACACGUUUUAGUUGUCUUCUACAAAUUUACACGUUUAAGUUUUCUACUACAAAUUGACACGUUUUAGCUGUCUUCUACAAAUUUACACGUUUUAGUUGUCCUCUACAAAUUUACACAUUUUGCUAUAUAUGUGAAUAUACAUCGGAACACUGCUCACAAUAGAGCGCGCGACAUGCAUACACUUUCUUAUCUUCUACAAAUUGACACGUUUUAGUUGUCCUCUACAAAUUUACACGUUUUAGUUGUCUUCUACAAAUUUACACGUUUAAGUUGUCUUCUACAAAUUGACACGUUUAAGUUGUCUUCUACAAAUUGACACGUUUAAGUUGUCUUCUACAAAUUGACACGUUUUAGUUGUCUUCUACAAAUUUACACGUUUUAGUUGUCCUCUACAAAUUUACACGUUUUAGCUGUCUUCUACAAAUUGACACGUUUUAGUUGUCUUCUACAAAUUUACACGUUUAAGUUUUCUACUACAAAUUGACACGUUUUAGCUGUCUUCUACAAAUUUACACGUUUUAGUUGUCCUCUACAAAUUUACACGUUUUAGCUGUCUUCUACAAAUUGACACGUUUUAGUUGUCUUCUACAAAUUGACACGUUUAAGUUGUCUUCUACAAAUUGACACGUUUAAGUUGUCUUCUACAAAUUGACACGUUUAAGUUGUCUUCUACAAAUUGACACGUUUUAGUUGUCUUCUACAAAUUUACACGUUUUAGUUGUCCUCUACAAAUUUACACGUUUUAGCUGUCUUCUACAAAUUGACACGUUUUAGUUGUCUUCUACAAAUUGACACGUUUAAGUUGUCUUCUACAAAUUUACACGUUUAAGUUGUCUUCUACAAAUUUACACGUUUUAGUUGUCUUCUGUAAGUCAAAGAGACCCAAACAGUACGUUGAUACAAAGUGUUGGGCAAUAUAGGUAAAGAGACUAAUAUCUCGGUUCAUGAAACGUAGGUCAUCAUUUCAUUUUCUUAUUCUCAUCUGAUA